AUGGUCGAUUUUAAUGUCAAUGGGAAAAUUGCUGUUGUAACUGGUGGCACUCGUGGUUUGGGUUUAUACUGUGCUGAGGCUUUGUUAUUGAACGGUGCCUCCACUGUGGUUAUUACAUCAAGAAAGGCAAAAGCUUGUGAAGAAGCUCAAAAGUAUUUAGAAAAACUUGCCAAAGACAACAACAAGAAUUGUAAAGUUAUUUCGUAUCCAGCUGACAUUGCUGUUGAGGAAGAAUGUGAAAAAUUCUACGCUGAAAUAGCCAAACAAGUCGACAAAGUUGACAUUUUAGUUGCCAACGCUGGUGCUUCUUGGGGUGCUCCAUUAGAAGACCAUCCAGUAUCAGCAGUGAAAAAAGUCCUCAACUUGAAUGUUGUUGCCGUUUACCACACCAUCAAGUUAUUCACUCCAUUGUUGGAAAAAGCUGGUACUAAAGAGGAUCCUUCUAGAUUGAUACUUAUGUCCUCGGUCAUUAGUUACUCGACUAACGAUAUGGUCGGUGUAUACGGUUAUUUGUCGUCCAAAGCCGCAGUAUCUCAUUUGGGAAGAAACUUGUCUGUUCAAUUUGCCCCAAGACAUAUUAAUGUAAAUUCAAUUGCCCCGGGUUUUUUCCCAUCGAAGAUGGCCAAUGGUUUGAUCGAAGCUGCUGGUGAAGCCUUGACAUCAACCAACCCAAGAGGUAGAUUGGGUGAAAAGGAAGAUAUCCAAUCUUUGUUGAUCUUCUUGUGUUCAAAACAGUCCAAUUAUGUGAAUGGUACCAUUGUUCCUCUUGAUGGAGGAGCACAUAAUAACCAACCAGCUGCUCAUUUUUAG